CUUACCAAGUACCAUCAGUUGCCGAUGUCAUGCCAGUCGAGCGCAGUUGGCUCGUCUGCUAACACUAGAUACAGUUAUUUGGGUUAUAAGCUCGAUAAAAUUCGCUUUUAACUUAUUUUAUGUUUGUGAUUUUCGAACUUUUUAAAUGAUACUUAAAACUGGUGUACUAAUUAAAUUUUUAAUAUAGCAGAUCUCCAUUUUGCUUAAGACUUACUACAGCAUGGAGGCGAGAAAAAACAUAUUUUUAAUAUACUUUUUGCUGGCUGGUUCGACAUUUGCGCAAUCUUUUCAUAAUCCAAGCUUAAAUGGAGAAGAAACGUCAACCAAUCUAGGUGAAGUGGAAUCACGUGAAAAUGCUCCAGACUUAGAGUUUCAAUAUCACGAUCAUGAUCAGAUGACGCGGUAUCUACGUGCAGUUUCUGCCAAAUAUCCUGAACUCACAGCUUUAUAUUCCAUUGGGAAGUCGGUACAAGGUCGAGAUCUAUGGGUGAUGGUCGUCUCUGUGUCUCCAUACGAGCACAUGAUUGGGAAGCCUGAUGUUAAAUAUGUGGCUAACAUACAUGGUAACGAAGCGGUAGGACGGGAGCUCCUUCUACAUCUUAUACAGUAUCUAGUGACGUCGUAUGCAACUGAUCCGUACGUGAAAUGGCUGUUGGACAACACACGUAUUCACUUAAUGCCCUCAAUGAAUCCUGAUGGUUUCGCAAUAUCGAGAGAAGGACAAUGCGACACCAUACAUGGCAGGCACAAUGCACGUCGUCAUGAUUUGAACAGGAAUUUUCCCGAUUUUUUCAAAGCGAAUACAAAACAGCCUCAGCCAGAAACGGAAGCAGUGAAACAAUGGAUCAGCAAAAUACAGUUCGUUCUCUCUGGGUCGCUGCAUGGCGGUGCUCUGGUCGCGUCUUAUCCUUUCGACAACACUCCCAGUUCUAGAAUAUGCAGAUCAUCAGUUCUGUGUUCUGUGUUUCAAAACUAUGAACACACGCCGUCAAUAUCUCCUGAUGAUGAUGUCUUCAAACAUUUGUCCUUGGUAUACUCUAAAAACCAUGCCAAAAUGUCUCGAGGUGUCUCUUGCAAAUCGGGAUCACCAAGAUUCGAAAAUGGCAUUACAAAUGGAGCGGCCUGGUAUCCACUGACAGGUGGCAUGCAAGACUACAACUACCUGUGGCACGGAUGUAUGGAAGUCACUUUAGAAAUAUCUUGCUGUAAAUAUCCCCCAGCCCACGAAUUACCCAAAUACUGGCAAGACAAUAAACAGUCUCUUAUAAAAUACUUAGCGGAAGUACACCGAGGUGCCCACGGUUUUGUCAUGGAUGAAAAUAAUAAUCCAGUAGAGCGCGCAGCUAUCAAAAUCAAAGGACGAGAUGUCAAUUAUCAUACUACGAACUUCGGAGAAUUUUGGCGCAUUCUUUUACCCGGAACGUACCGCAUGGACAUUUCGGCGGAAGGAUAUUUACCACAAGAAGUAGAAUUUAUUGUUAUUGAUAGCCAUCCAACGCUAUUAAAUGUUACUUUGCGUUCCGCGAAGGAUGUUACAACCCGUCCAACAACAAGCGAAUCUGAAGAAGCGAUGACCACCUCAAUCAUUACAACCACAAUGGACCCUGAAGAAACUAUUGUUUUUCCUGAAGACUAGUUACGAUUUCUCCUAAGGACAAACAACGCAUAGAUGGAGGUCCAUACUACAGACCCCUGCCACCACCGCCGCGUGCUCCUCCAGUGCCCACACCUUCUACCGGGAUCUUCGCAUCUCUUACCAACUCUUUCAAUAACAUGGUGUCGAAUUUCUUUGGUUAAAAGCAAUUUAAAAGAUCUUUUAUUAUGUUAAACAUCCAAAGAAUUUAAUAGUAUCAAAAUGUUAAAAUAAAUAGCCUCUAAAUAGUUUGUUUAAUAGGAAAAAUGUAAAAUUUAUUACACAAUAAAUCUACUUAGAUACAUAUUAUUAUGUACAUUCUCGUACAUUUCUGACACUAAAACUUAUAUCUUGUUCCAAAAUAGUCAAAUACUUUGUUGAAAUUGUUGUCUCAACUCUAAGAUCUCCUUUAGAUCGAUAAAUGUCUUUAGUUCGAAAUUAAGUUGUAAAUAGUAGUAGUAGCAAUGUUUCUAGAACUAUUUAUUUUAUAAUUGUGUACCUAUUUAAUUAAAUUUGUUGCA